CUCUCGCCCGAGGCGAGAAUGUUAUUGGAACAUUCUUAUGAAGCAAUUAUCGAUGCGGGGAUCAAUCCAAAGCGAUUAAGAGGAAAAGAUACUGCUGUAAUUAUAGGGACGUCUUUUAUAGAAUCGCAAGAGAAAUUUUUAUAUGAGAAUGUUCAGAUAGGAGGUCAGAAUAUUAUUGGAUGUAGCAAAUCUACAACAGCAAACAUGAUUUCAUACCAUUUGGAUCUAAAAGGACCAUCUUACACUGUCGACACAGCCUGCAGCUCUAGUCUUUAUGCCAUAGCCCUUGGUUAUAGUUAUAUCAUGUCGGGCAAAUGCGAAGACGCUAUAAUUGGAACUGCAAAUCUAUGUUCUCAUCCAAUUGUAAACCUGCAAUUCGCGCGCCUUGGUGUUUUGUCAUCCGAUGGUUAUUGUAGACCUUUCGAUACCGGUGCAGAUGGGUAUUCGCGUAGUGAAACCGUGACAGUGAUAUAUCUUCAAAAAGCGAAAAACGCGAAAAGGAUUUAUGGUAUUUGUCCGCAUAUUAAAAUAAAUAGUGACGGUUACAAAGAAGAAGGGAUAACAUAUCCAUCGACGCUUAUACAAAGUACCUUGCUAACGGAAUUUUACAAUGAGUGCGGAAUAUCGAAACUUUGCUUGGAUUAUAUUGAAGCGCAUGGUACCGCUACGAAAGCUGGCGAUCCUCCGGAAAUUAAUGCUAUCUACAAUGUUUUGU